GAUGACUUCAAGGAGAUGGAGCGGAAAGUGGAUGUCACCAGCAGGGCUGUGAUGGAAAUAAUGACUAAAACAAUUGAAUACCUUCAGCCCAAUCCGGCCUCCAGAGCGAAGCUCAGCAUGAUCAACACCAUGUCAAAAAUCCGCGGCCAGGAGAAGGGGCCAGGCUAUCCUCAGGCGGAAGCACUGUUGGCAGAGGCCAUGCUCAAGUUCGGCAGGGAGCUGGGCGAUGAUUGCAACUUUGGUCCAGCUCUUGGUGAGGUAGGAGAAGCUAUGAGGGAGCUCUCGGAGGUGAAGGACUCUUUGGACAUGGAGGUGAAGCAGAACUUCAUCGACCCCCUUCAGAACCUCCACGACAAAGAUCUGAGGGAGAUUCAGCAUCACCUGAAAAAGCUGGAAGGCCGGCGCUUGGACUUUGAUUACAAGAAGAAGCGACAAGGCAAGAUCCCAGAUGAAGAACUUCGCCAGGCGCUGGAGAAAUUCGAUGAAUCUAAAGAAAUCGCCGAGUCAAGCAUGUUUAAUCUCUUGGAGAUGGAUAUUGAACAGGUGAGCCAGCUCUCUGCCCUUGUGCAAGCCCAGCUGGAAUACCACAAACAAGCAGUACAGAUCCUGCAACAAGUCACUGUCAGACUGGAGGAAAGAAUAAGACAAGCUUCGUCUCAGCCCAGAAGGGAAUAUCAGCCGAAACCUCGAAUGAGCCUAGAGUUUGCCACUGGAGACAGUACUCAGCCCAACGGUGGUCUCUCCCACACAGGCACACCCAAACCUGGAGGUGUCCAGAUGGAUCAGCCCUGCUGCCGAGCCCUGUAUGACUUUGAACCUGAAAACGAAGGGGAACUGGGCUUUAAAGAGGGUGACAUCAUCACGCUCACUAAUCAGAUCGAUGAGAACUGGUACGAGGGGAUGCUUCAUGGCCAGUCUGGCUUUUUCCCCAUCAACUAUGUAGAAAUUCUGGUCGCUCUGCCCCAUUAG